AUGCCAAAUCCGACCAAGACAAUAGCCAUUGUCAAUGGUACUGGGCGCCAGGCAGCCUCCGUCAUCCGGGCCGUGACGGCAGUCGGCUAUGCGGUGCGCGCCCAGGUCUACUCCAUCGAAGGCCUGGUGGCCGAGGAGCUGGCCGAAUUGCCCAAUGUCGAGUUAUUCGAGGGAGAAUUACUGGACAAUCCAGAGCUUAUAGAGACCAUCUUCGACGGUGCCAACAUAGCCUUCAUCAACACCAUCCAUCUCGCCGGCGACGAAAUAAAAAUUGGAAAAGCGCUGGCCAACGCGGCCAAGAAGCGCAAUAUCCAGCACUUCGUGUACAGCAGCAUGCCAGACCACUCGAUACACUACCCAAAAUGGCCCGCUCUGCCACUAUGGGCCUGCAAGUUCACCGUCGAGAACUACAUCAGACAACUCGGACUACCGGCGACGUUUGUGUAUGCCGGAAUCUACAACAACAACUUCACCAGUCUGCCGUAUCCGUUGUUCUGUAUGGACUUCAAGGAUGAUGGUACGCUGGAGUGGCGAGCGCCAUUUCAUCCAGAUACGAAACUGCCCUGGCUGGAUGCUGAACAUGAUGUCGGUCCUGCGGUGCUGCAGAUCUUCAAGGAUGGGCCGAACAAAUGGAAUGGAUCGAGGAUCGCCCUGGCCUUCGAAAUGCUCACCCCAAACCAAGUAUGCGACAUCUUCGGCCGCGCACUCGACCGACCCUGCAACUACGUCUUCGACAACCACAUCGAGAUCAAAGUGCCGGUACCCAACGUUUAUCGCCAGCAACUGGCCGGCAUCGAGCUCCUUUUCGGCAUCUACAAUGCACCGUAUUUCCCCGGUCCAGAAUUCGAAUACGCCUCGAGAAGAAAAUGCAGCAAUGAUACCAUCACAGGCAGAUCAUCCACGAACUAUGAGUCGUCAUUGCGUAAGGGCAAGCCGGGCAAACUGACUGACGAUGCGAGGAAGCUUUGGCCUGGCUGGCGGUCGAUGAGCGAGUAUGUCAGUACGGCGUUCAUUGUGGAAGAGGAGGCGAAUGGGAAGACUUGGAUGAUUGAUAAGACUGUUAGCAGUUGA